AUGGCGCGGUGGGCGCGGUGCGUGGCGCUGUCGCUGGCCUGCGCCGCGGUGGUCGCCGCGCCCGCCGGCCCCCCGUCCGCAGGCCACCCGUCCGCCGGCCUGCCGCUCGCCGGCCCCCCGCCCGCCGGCCUGCCACCCGCCCCGCCUGACGCCUGCGAUCCGCUGCUGCUGAAGAGACCGCCGCCCUUGCCACCGAAUGCCCGCGAGUAUGAAGCGGCCGCGGCGCAGACCGCGCGCGCGCUGUCGGAGCUGGUGGAGCAGGGCGCGGCGGACGAGGCGCGCGCGGCGGCGCUGGCGCGGGCGGCGGCGCGGGCCCCGCUGCAGCCGCCGCCCGCCGCCGUCGCGCUGGGCGCGCCGCAGCUGCACCUCGGCGUGCUGUUCAUCGCCGACCCGCCGCGGCUCAUCGUGUUCCAGCAGAACAACUCCGCCACGCUGCAACAGUUCUGGCGAACCUUGGCCUCCGCCUGGAACGCCAGUUUAGUGUUGUGGUCCAAUGCUUGGUACUCGUGUGAAGGUAGCCGGGGCUGGUGGGGCGGGACCGCCGCAGCGAGAGGCGCGGGUCCGGUGCGAGCUGCCGCCGCUAUAUUCCGCCGCAUACCCGCGUUGCCGUGCGAAGAAGCCAUGUAUGAAUGGUUGGGUGGUCCACCGCUGUGUGAUCCGGUCACGACAGAUUGUGAAGCUUUUCCGACUGAAAAUGAAGAUCAAAGACUAGAGUAUCGAUGCAAAUGCAGUUCGGGGCACUGGCACGGUGGCGGGGUCGCGUGGUUGAGCGGUGCCAGACUAGCGACCAGCGGGCGACUCAACUGCACACCGUGCGGGCUGGGCAGCCACCCCGCCGCAUGUCUGGCCGAGGCAUACCGUGCCUCGCUCCUCGCGGCUAACCUUGCCGGCAUGCUGCUAUGUCUCGUCAUAGGGUUCAUCAUUUUCAAGAAGAGAAAAUGUAAAGCGGUGGCAAUGGGAAUGUGGACAGUGUUAGAAGUAGUUCUGCUGGGUGCGAUGCUUAUGUACGGUUCGGCGGCUUCCCAAUACAUAUCGGACGCGCGGUGGCGCUGCGUAGCGGGCGCGUGGCUCCGGGAGCUGGGCUUCGUAGCGUGCUACGGCUCCGUGGUGCUACGCCUGUGGGUGCUACUUGCAGAGUUCCGCACAAGGAAAGCGCACCGAUGGACUCCGAGGGACUCAGAGGUUCUUAGGAUAGUAGCGGCCAUGGUGCUGGGCGCGGCGUGCUACCUGUCCGCGUUCACGGCGACGGCGGCGUGCGACUCGGACGCGAGCGCGGGCUGCGCGCGCGCCGCCUGGCACCACGUCACCGCCGGCGCCGAGCUGCUGCUGCUGGCGGCCGGCCUGCGCAUCGCGUACGCUGCCAGGAACGCUAACGUUCCGUUUCAGGAGCGCGGCUGGCUGGCGGCGGCGCUGUGGGCGGAGGGCGUGUGCGGCGCGGCGUGGCGCGGCGCGUCGCUGGCGGGCGCGGCGCCCGAGCGCUCGGCGCUGGCGGCGGCGGCGCGCGCGCACUUGUCGGCCGGCGCCGCGCUCGCCUGCGUGCUGGCGCCGCGCCUGUGGCACGGGUACCGCGCGCGCUCGCUCGCGCAGGAGGUGUCCCGGCGCGGGCCGGCGGAGGGCUUCGGCGCGGAGGGCGAGGAGGAGCCCACGACGGAGGAGGUGCGCGCGGAGCUCAAGCGGCUCUAUGUGCAGCUGGAGAUCUUACGCAACCAGACGCUGCGUCGCGACAACCCGCACAUCAGCAAGCGACGCGGCGGACGCAAGCCGCCGCACCGACGCUUCUCUCUUCAGAAAAAGGGCAGUCGUGAAAAGGCACUGCAGGCUCGUCGAGGGGGUAAGAAUAAAGCUAGCAGUCAAAGUGUGGUCGAGGCCAGCGAGGCGGGCGACGCCUCCAGGACUCCUGAAGACUCCGUCUGUUCCGUCGAAGGUCCAUCACAUUACACUGACGGAGACACCAUAGCGUGAUUGAAUACCUAACACGAACAGCAGGGUUAUUAUGUAACUCAGUGUACCAUUCAAGUAAUUAGUCACUACAUCGUUUUUCAUCGUAAAAUAUUGUGUUUUCAACGAAAUUACACAAUUAUCGUCAUUUCACCUAAAGUAACAUUAUUAUAGUAGUAGCUAUCAGCAGGUACUAACGUUAUUUUAACGAAAAACUGGAAACUGGUAUUUUCGUAUAAACAAUCAUGUUAGAUGAUCGUAGAAACAAAAAAACGUUACCACUUAAUGUAAAAUUGUGCAGUUAAUGUUAUUUCGUUGAAACACGUCGUUAGAUGAUUGCAAAAACGAAAAUACGACGAAAAACGAUGUAGUGACUGAUUAAUAAUUAAAUGGUACACCGACUUACAUAAUAACCUUGCUGAACUUUACCUUGAACGGCAACAUGAGGGGAACUUUGCGUUAAAGUUUUACUUUAACCUUCAAAAGGUCACGUAAAAGCUUGAAAAAAGAUUGUUAUUGACGACAAAAUAAAAUAUGUAACAUUUAAAAGACUCGCUUAGUAAUUAAUAAACAUAAUUGUUAAAACAAAAAGGAAUUGAAAAAAUGGUAAGUGUUGUUGAAAUGUGGGGUUUGUAAAAUAUCUCUAAUACUCUAAUCGUUCAGAAAAUACCAAUUGUAUAAACAAAUGUGAUUGUUGUCAGAUUUUUUUCUAUGAAAUAAUGUUACGGAAUUUAAAUAUUUGAUAUUUUGUUUUCAUAUUUGGAAUUUUCUAAAUGUUUAGAAUCUAUAUGUAUGUAUUUCGUUAUACAUUGUCAUUAGAACUCAAUGCGUAUUUUAAAUGUUCUAUGAAUGUUGACUUUAUAUUUUUUCUCUUUAUAAUGUUGAUGUCUAGAUAAUUAUUAGGAAGUGGAUGUUUCGUCUAUCAUACCCAAUAAUAACAAUAUUUGAUCUUUUUGUUAUACAGUAAAAGGUCAUUAUUCGCGGGGGAUACGUUCUCUUAAUGUGUCGCGAAUACAGAAACCGUGAAUAUGGAAUGGUAUUUUUUAUGGUUUUAUAAGGGAUACAUCCUUGAGUGACAAAAUAAAUAACAAAUAUAUAAAGAAAAAACAAUUAAUUAAAGUUAUUGAUUAACUAUUAUCUUCAGACAAUGGUUUGAAGUAUUUUGUAAUUUUUUUGCUUGACAGUUUUUAAAAGCUUCUAUAAUUCAGAGUGAUUUUAAGCAGUGCCAUUCCUAAUUCGCAAUUUCGGCAAUAGGUAUUUGCAAGUUAAAGUUUAAAUUUGCAGAUUUUACGUCAGUUUCGUCAGUCAGAUCCGCGAAUAGCGAAAUAUUUAGCCGCGAAUAUAGGAAUUGGGAUGCAAUUAUUUAAUCCGCGAAUAGUGAACACGUGAAUAAAGGAAGCGUGAAUAAGGAGCUUUUACUGUAUCUAUUUUUAUCGCUUAAUUAAUUCCCAAAUUCCCAAUCGAUUGAUAAAUAAGUAUGUUGGCUUCACCUUACAGUUAUAGGUACGUACACCUGAUAUAAUAAUUAGGUACUAUGAUAUAAUAAUUUCCCAAUUGCGGUAGUAGGUAUAUGAAAGAUACAAUAUACAUAGUCCCUAACUUUGAACUAACAAGUGACUCAAGUAUGGUACCGACUACCUAUAAAAUGAAACGCAUAAUGCAGCUACUCUAAAUACAAUAGAUAUCUACAAAUUUAAGUAGACUAUUUAUAACUGAUAACACAUACCGAAUUGUAGGUAUAGUUAUUACUACCCGGCUGGAAUAUGUUUUCCUUUACCUCGCCAGUAUGUCUAUUUAAAAAAAUCUACGUGUCCAAUUUACCGCAAUACGUAGACUCGUAGCACGUAGACGUGGACGAAUUCUAAUAACUGGCUCAGAUAAUGACCUCUCUAUAGAUAAAAUGUUAUUAAGUUCUGUUUUUAUUCUUUAACAAAUCAACAAGUUAUACAAGUAGUUAAUCUGUUCUAUUACGGGAAAUCUGUUUAGCUUUGGAUGAAGUGGUGAGAUGACAGACCUUGCGCGUUUGAGCAUAGACACCAUAGAUAAGCGUUUGAGUGUGUAAGCUGAAAGAUCAUCUUUGUGUUCUAUGUUUUAAAACUUUAUUGCACAUCUAUAAAGAGGAGAGAUUUGAUUGUUUGUUUGUUUGCAUUAAAUAGGCUCCGAAACUACUGAACCGAUUUGGAAAAUUAUUUCAUUGUUUGGAAGCUACACUAUCCCCAAGUGCUAUAUGUUAUAUUUUCACCCCUUAUUCUACAGGAACGGGAACUACGCGCGUAAAACCGCGAGGUUAGAUAAUAAAUAUGUUCAAUGGCGAAACCUAAUUUCUACCAGUAGGUAUACAUACCUAAGUUCCCACAUAGUUCAUUCAGUUUUGUAACAAAGCAAAAACAAUACAACAUAUAACCAAAUAUCCAUUAAUAGGGACAUCGAAAUAGCCAAAGGGACUCCCCGGAAUGUACCUAUAACUGCAAUCAUUGCGAUAGAUUGUGCUUAUAUCCCGUUUACCUAACGUUAAUUUAACAAGUUUAAUUUUAACUCAAAAGCUCAAGUGCAAGCUAAUCCGAAGUCAAAUAAAGAUGCAUUCUGAAGAUAAAGAGCUUUUAGUUUAUGCCUCACUUAUUUAAAGAAUUAAUAAUUUAGCCCUGAUUGCUGUAGGUACGCCUGGUGAAUUUCAUAAGUUGCAAUUUUUUUUACAACUUUCUCUCAUUGUCUCUCUAAUCUUGAUAUGAAAGAAAGAAGAAAGAAAGAAAAUAAAUUUAUUCAAAUUUAAAAGUUACAAACAGUAUCCUUAAUUAAAAACAGCAUGUCUGUCUGUAACCCUUAAAAAAGAAAGUGUGUACAGCUCAGCAUAUGCCGUGUACUAUAUACAAGCAUAACACACGGCGCUGAUUUUCAGCUGAGACCCGUGUGACGCCACAGCUAACAUAAAAAAAAAAAGAGAAAUGAAAUGAAAUAAGUAGUAGGUAAAAAGAUCGCAGCGCUGGAUCCAAUUCGGAAAUGUUGUUUUUAUUUGUUAUACGAGUAGAUAGGUACAUGUACAAGUAUCUAUUAAUGGAUCUCCAGUGAAAUAAUGUAAAUAGUUGUUUUAAUGGAAGUUGUAUAUGUAUUACCUAUAUAUUAUGUAGAUUAGUUCAGUAAGUCCUGAGAACUUGAGCGAACUUAGACAACAGCGCGAUUUUUACAUAAUUCCCUUUUACUUUUUAUUUUUAUCAAAAACUAGGCAUGUAGGCACGUUGAUUCUCUUUCUACAAACGCUAACGCUUCGAAAACUACAAAAAUUUAUGCGACAGAUCCGAUCGAUAACUUUAUUACGUGACCUGUCGAUAGCAAAUGUCAUUCUCAUAUACUUCUCAAUUUUCGAAGCGUUUGCGAUUGUAAAUAUAGAAUUGACGCGCCACAUGGCUACAUGCCCUGGAUACUUUAUAAAUAGACAUUGUUAGUGUUAAGAUAAUAUAAAUGACUUAUAAAUGCAAAUUUUAUGACUUAGAGAUGUUUAAUACUUAUUUGUUGCGGGCUUCGCGAAUUUAUACAAAACCCUUGGAUUUAUAUUCUAAAAAUGAUCAUUUAAAAGUCCUUAAUUCUGAAAAAGCAAUAUGAUAAUGUUUUUAUACUUAUUUAUAUUAAUUGUUUGUCUUGGUGGAUGAGCGGAGCUAGUAAUGCAGGUUUCCAUCUAUUAUAGGGGCUCUUGUUUGCAACUUGUAUUUAAUACUUUAAUUAAUUAAUGAACUCUUUUUCAUUUAUUGAUUCGCGCUGUUGUCUAAAUUGUUUGCUCAAUACUUCAAUGAUGUUUAUCAAAAAAAAAAAUCAUUUACGUUGAGCUUCAUCAAAUGUUCGCGACGAGGCAAUGCCAAAGAAUAAGUAUUUAUUAAAUAUAUUUGUUAAAUAAACAGUAAGAUUCAUAAUA